AUGAUCUGCCCAAGUCAUCAGGUAGUAAUUAUGUGUUGUGCCUGGUAGAUCUUUGUCAACUUAUCUGGUAACUAGUAUUAGAACCUGCUAAAUUUGCUAAAAGACAAACUUCUUUGUUAUACAAACUUUUUUUAUCCGUUAAAGAACAUGAUAGCGGCCUUUAACAGUUCCAAAACCAAGGGUCCAAAGAAACUAACACGUGAUGUAGUGGAGUUUGGUUGGGAUACGAUUGAAAAGAUCUUCAGUCCCAAGAUGACGCAAUGCACCUGGCCUGAAAUUUGCAUUUGCGCACAGAUACAAUUGGAUUCGUCUCAAUGUAAGACCAGCCAAGAUCAUGCAGGUCCCUAG